AUGGGAGGUGGGUUUAGGGUGCUUCACUUAGUCAGACCUUUUCUACCAUUCCUUCCUGAAGUUCAGACUGCUGAUAGGAAAGUGCCAUUUAGAGAGAAGGUCAUAUAUACUGUGAUCGCCCUGUUCAUUUUUCUGGUGUGUAGUCAGCUCCCUCUGUAUGGAAUACACUCAACUACGGGUGCUGAUCCAUUCUAUUGGAUGCGUGUUAUCCUAGCUUCAAACCGUGGAACUGUUAUGGAGCUUGGAAUCACCCCCAUCGUGACUUCUGGAUUGGUGAUGCAACUUUUGGCUGGGUCGAAGAUCAUUGAAGUAGACAACAAUGUAAGGGAGGAUCGUGCUCUCUUAAAUGGUGCCCAGAAACUUCUUGGCAUCUUGAUAGCUGUUGGAGAGGCCGUUGCUUAUGUUCUUUCUGGGAUGUAUGGUAGUGUGGGCCAACUUGGAGUGGGAAAUGCCAUCCUCAUCAUCCUCCAGCUCUUUUUUGCUGGUAUCAUUGUCAUAUGUUUAGAUGAGCUCCUUCAAAAAGGUUAUGGUUUGGGAUCUGGAAUUUCUCUAUUCAUUGCCACUAAUAUCUGUGAAAACAUUAUAUGGAAAGCAUUUAGUCCCACUACCAUUAAUAGUGGCCGAGGAGCUGAGUUUGAGGGUGCUGUAAUUGCUCUAUUCCACUUGUUGAUAACUAGAACAGACAAGGUUCGUGCUCUCCGGGAAGCAUUUUAUCGGCAGAAUCUUCCUAAUGUCACAAAUCUGCUGGCUACUGUCCUGAUCUUCCUAAUUGUGAUAUACUUCCAAGGUUUCCGUGUGGUUUUGCCUGUAAGGUCAAAGAAUGCUCGUGGACAGCAGGGCUCAUAUCCAAUCAAGCUGUUUUACACCUCCAACAUGCCCAUUAUUCUUCAGUCUGCCCUUGUUUCCAAUCUCUACUUCCUUUCCCAGCUGCUACACAGAAAGUAUGCCGGAAACUUCAUUGUGGAUCUGUUGGGAAAAUGGAAGGAAUCUGAAUAUGGCGGCGGUCACUCUAUUCCUGUUGGUGGCAUUGCAUACUAUAUAACUGCACCAUCCAGCUUAGCUGAUAUGGCAGCCAAUCCUUUCCAUGCAUUGUUCUACCUGGUAUUUAUGCUGUCAGCCUGUGCCUUGUUCUCCAAAACUUGGAUUGAAGUCUCUGGUUCAUCUGCUAGGGAUGUUGCCAAGCAGUUGAAGGAACAACAAAUGGUUAUGCCUGGCCAUCGGGAAUCAAACUUGCAGAAAGAGCUUAACCGAUACAUUCCCACUGCUGCAGCAUUUGGAGGAAUGUGUAUUGGUGCCCUGACAGUAUUGGCAGAUUUUAUGGGGGCAAUUGGGUCAGGAACCGGAAUCCUACUUGCCGUAACAAUCAUCUAUCAGUACUUUGAGACAUUUGAGAAGGAGAGAGCCAGUGAACUUGGUUUCUUUGGUUUCUAA